GUGGACUCUCUCUCUCUCCUUUUACUUCAAUCUAAAAGGAUACAUGGUAUUUGUGAAUGCUUGCUUGUCAGGUUGGUUUAGAACUAAUGAAAAAACAAAAUUAGUAGAAAACUGUAAUUUCUGGGUGAAUUUUUUUUUUGGGGUCUCUUGUAAAGCAGGCUCAGAUUCCAUUCUCUCUUUUCCUUUUCAAAAUGCCAACCAUGUAUAUGCUGACUCAGCUUUUGCCCCUAACAAUCACAGACCCAAGACACUUGAGUCAUUGAGUCUCUCACACAUCUCUUUCAACACAAUGUUCAGGCCUGCAAACGAAAAGCAAGAACUGUAAUGAUAAUAAAAUACAAGCCUAGCUAUUUACUUGCUGCCCCCCCACCCUCGCUUCUCUGUGUUCUCCGCUGAGCAGCAUUUUUAACAGUUCUUUCUUCUCCCCAAGACUAGUGCUUUUUCCGAGUCAUUUCUGAAAUUAUGUAUUCUCAAACAUGGAGAGCCGUGGCAGUUGCUUCACUGGCGGUUCAGCUAUGCAUUUCUAUGGGGGUAGAAUCUUCUUCAUCUUCUUUAUCUCAUUCUGAUAAGAUUAUCAGGCUUCCUGGACAACCCCUUGUGGGCUUUCAACAAUUUUCAGGUUAUGUCACUGUGAAUGACGAGAAGCAUAGAGCUCUUUUCUAUUACUUUGUUGAGGCAGAAAUAGAUCCAGCUUCAAAGCCUUUGGUUCUCUGGCUGAAUGGAGGGCCUGGCUGUUCUUCUCUGGGAGUAGGGGCUUUCUCUGAAAAUGGACCUUUUAGACCAAAUGGGAAGGUUUUGGUGAGAAAUGAGUGUAGCUGGAAUAGAGAAGCAAAUAUGUUAUACUUGGAGACACCAGUUGGGGUGGGGUUCUCUUAUGCCACUAAUAGCUCCUCCUAUGUAGCAGUGGAUGAUGAGGCAACAGCCAGGGACAAUGUUGUAUUCCUGCAACGCUGGUUCAACAAGUUCCCUCAGUAUAGGCAUAGGGACUUGUUUAUAACAGGGGAGAGUUACGCAGGUCACUAUAUUCCUCAACUUGCAAAGCUUAUGAUUGAAAUUAACAGAAAGGAAAAGUUAUUCCACUUGAAAGGCAUUGCAUUGGGUAAUCCUGUUUUAGAAUUUGCUACAGACUUCAAUUCAAGAGCUGAGUACUUGUGGUCUCAUGGGUUAAUAUCAGAUUCAACAUACAAAAUGUUCACUGCAGCUUGUAACUAUUCAAGAUUUGUAAGUGAAUACUACAGAGACUCAGUUUCAACUAUUUGUUCGCACGUUAUGAGCCUAGUUAACACAGAAACCAGUAGGUUUGUGGACAAGUAUGAUGUCACCCUUGAUGUUUGUAUUCCAUCAAUUCUCUCACAAUCAAAGGUGUUAAGACCACAGCAAGUAUCAGAAAGGAUAGAUGUAUGCGUGGAUGAUGAAACCAUGAAUUAUCUGAAUCGGAAGGAUGUGCAGAAGGCUUUGCAUGCCCGGCUUGUUGGAGUUGGCAAAUGGGAAGUUUGUAGCAACAUUGUGGAUUAUGAGCUGCUUAACCUAGAGAUACCCACAAUCUCUAUUGUUGGAUCACUUAUCAAGGCCAGAAUUCCAGUGUUGGUUUACAGUGGGGAUCAAGAUUCUGUUAUUCCAUUGACUGGUAGCCGCACCCUUGUUCAUAGACUGGCAAAGGACUUAGGACUCAACACAACUGUACCUUACAGAGCUUGGUUUGCAGGAAAGCAGGUUGGUGGAUGGACUCAAGUUUAUGGUGAAAUCCUCUCAUUUGCCACAAUAAGAGGUGCUUCUCAUGAGGCCCCAUACUCGCAGCCUGAGAGAUCACUGGUGCUAUUCAAGUCAUUUCUUGAAGGUCAACAUCUAUUAGAAGUUUUCUGAUGUUCUGGUGAUGCCCAAAGUCAUAUGAUGUUGAGAUAUUGUAUUGUAUGUAUCAAGUAACAUAUAUUAGUUAUAAUAGUCACUAAAGCAUUCUUUUGUCUUUGCAAAAAAAGAAAAAAAAAAUCAUAUAUGAGUGUGAUUAUGAGAGUUUCUCAAUGUAAUGGAUCUUUGAAUUGCAGAAAUUUUGUGAGUAUUAUGAGUAGAUUGGAUUAAGUAAAA